AGUUUUAGGGGGACUUAUAAAAGUACCGGACACCACUGGUUCAGGUGUUUCGAGCUCAAAGCUAGGACGAAAACCAGGAAUAAAAAACAUUUUAUUGAGGAUGUGAAGCCAACAUUAUUUGUGAGUCGGUUCUGGUUGUUGCCUCAUUCCCGGAGCUAAAAGGACGUUUUGACGUAGUUUGGAGAACAAUAGAAGCCUGGAGACAGAUCAUACCAGAUGUGUGAACCAGAAAAAAAGGACCUGUAUGCGGUUCUGGGUGCCAGCCCUUCAGACUCAGUCCAGCAGCUCAAACACAAGUACCAGCAGCUGGCCUUAAAGAACAAGAACUGAAACAAGACCGACCAGUAGAUUCUACAGUCCAGCUGGAGGACAUGAUGUGGGAUCAGGAUGAAGGUGUUUACACGUAUGACUGUCGUUGUGGAGGAGGCUUUUUGGUCUCGCAGGAGGAGGUGGAGGAGGAAACGCUCCUCUUGUUGUCCGACCAUGAUGAUGAAGAAAUGCUCAGAAAAAAGACGGGGGUUCUUGUUUGCUGUGACACAUGUUCCCUCGGUAUCUGGGUCACAUGGAGCUUAAACAAAAAGACUGAAUCGUUUAAAUAAAUGUUUGGAAACUUUUCACUUUUAAAACUGUCUGUGCUUCGGAAAAUAUGUAAAUAAAAUCAAA